GCGGCCGGCGCAGCGUACCUUAGCGCGGCGCAGCGCAGAGUCGGGGCUCGGCCGGGCCGCAGCGCGGGGCCCGUCUGCCGCCAUCAUGCUGGCGCUGCUGUCGCGGCUGCUGGACUGGUUCCGCUCGCUCUUCUGGAAGGAGGAGAUGGAGCUGACGCUGGUGGGACUGCAGUACUCGGGCAAGACCACCUUCGUCAACGUCAUCGCGUCAGGCCAGUUCAGUGAAGAUAUGAUCCCUACGGUGGGCUUCAACAUGAGGAAGGUUACCAAGGGUAAUGUCACAAUAAAGAUCUGGGAUAUAGGAGGGCAGCCACGGUUCCGAAGCAUGUGGGAGAGAUAUUGCAGAGGAGUCAAUGCUAUUGUGUACAUGGUAGAUGCUGCAGAUCGUGAAAAGAUAGAAGCCUCUCGAAAUGAGCUGCAUAAUCUUCUAGACAAACCACAAUUACAAGGAAUCCCUGUUUUAGUACUUGGAAACAAGAGGGACCUUCCAAAUGCCUUGGAUGAAAAACAGCUAAUUGAAAAGAUGAAUCUGGCUGCAAUUCAAGAUAGAGAAAUUUGCUGCUAUUCAAUUUCUUGCAAAGAAAAGGAUAAUAUAGAUAUCACGCUUCAGUGGCUUAUUCAGCAUUCAAAAUCUCGAAGAAGUUGAAGUCUUCCUGGAGUCUCCUGUACCAGUUGGCCAUAAUCUCAAUUGUCCAGUCCCUCCAUGAUAAAAUACUACCCAAUAGUCCUGUGUCAAGAAAUUGCCUUUUUCACAGUUCAUUUCCCAUGUGCACUGCUGAAGACUUGUAUUCUUAUUCCGUCACAGAAUGAACUAGAGUUGUCAUGAUAAAGUCAGCACAAAAGGUUUGUUUUACGGCCAUCUAAACAGCGGGGGCAGGGGUGGGGAGCCUUUUUAAAAUUCUCUACCAUAUUUGAAUCUAAGAAAUAGUACAUUUCUGUUCUGGUUUUUCAUGGCCAGGCUUUUAUAUUUGAUUUUUUUUUUUUUCAGCAAAUGUUAAUAGAAUGUUUUAUUUCUAGUGUUUAGUGGCUUGAGGAUGCUGACAGUGCACAGCAUUGAGAUUCUAGCGCCACACGUGGUAUUUGGAGAACCUUAAGGCGUGACUUUACGUGGGAUAUUAACUUAUUGUUAUCUCACAAAUGCAUGUGGUGUGUGUGUCUAUAUAGUAAGCCUGAGAAAUGGAAACUGUCUGCGAAGGGGGGUGGGGGGGAGCACAAGGCACUAGAUCAGCAUCACUAGUCUUCUACAGCUGUGAGAUGAUGCAGUCAUUUUAAACACCACUUUUUUCUAAUAAGUUAGAAAAGCCAAAUAGUUAAACACUUUGUAUCAAGAUCAUUAUUUGUAUCUAUUUUUCGUUUUGUUUUAAAACUUGCAUAGGGAAUGGGAAAUGCAUUUGCUUUGUCAAAAGAUGUCAACGGUUAUGUAUUCCAGCAGACUAAACACAUUUGCUAGGAAUGUAAGACUGCUCAAAUAUGCGUUUUUUUCUUUUUGUGUUUUUUCUGGUCUCCGGAUGCUUUAUCUCUGUCUGAAACACCAGAAUGUGAAGUCUGAGCUGCUGCAUGACACUCAAAUUACAGUGGGUUUGGGUCUUUCUUUUAAUCAAAUCAUACUGUCAACUUUCAGCACAAUAUCUGUGUAACUGUCUAGUGUGUGUCUUUUUCUCAUGGAAUAGCUGGGCACACUUUCAUCUGGUGCUGGGAAACAACUCUAGGCCUGCCUGAUUUCUCAGUGUAAUCAUGUGCAAAGUCUGCAGGCUGCAAGAUGAAAUGUUUUACUGUGUCUUGAAGCACAAGAGAGCCAAUGAAUUGAUCCUGUUUCUUGAUUUUAGCUUCUGUCGUAUAAAGAAAUAUGUAUAAACUAAAGAUUGUAAUGUUUUUGUAGCUUUACUUUCUCGGUGACUUCAAUAUAUUUAAAGGGACAGACUUGUUAAGACUGGUUUGUUCAUACAACAAUGUCAAUGUAGUCCAGUGUAAUGUAUACAAAUAUAUGGUACACCUGCUUGUGUUGCCUCACUGUGUAACUUUUUAAAGCAGCACCUAAAUGUAGAUUUAGGCAAUAUGUUUUUUUUUUCAGAGACUUUAGUUGAAAACGCUUGAGUCUGCUCUGUAUGUGUGUAUACAAGACAAACCAGUUUUUAAUUUAGACUGUCAUGGCCUUACUGUUCUGUACAAACUACUGCACUGUUGCACAGAUGUUACAUGUUGCCUCCAUUUACAAACUAGGCUUGCAUUUUUACUUUUUUUGUCCACUUUUAGUCCUGAGGCAUGAUUUCAGUUAAUCCCAUACUCCUGUUGGUGCUGUAGAGAAGGGUAUAUUAACUUGCUGCUGUAGCGACUAGUUUGCCAUGAACUACUACAGUUACUUUUAUUUAGCAACUUUGCUUGUGCCUAAAAUAAGGAAACUGAAUUAGAACGUGCGAGUCUACAUGGGGACCAGGUCGCUGAGUUAACUGGCUAAUAGCUGAACUUGAUGUGUUUGGUGUGUAUCUACUUCACUGCUUUUGGCAUUUAUGGCAUCCAAACACUACCAAUUGCUAACCUUCACAUUAACCUCUGCAUGUGAACAACUUGAACAAUUAUUGAAUUUUGUAAAUAAGUGAAUUUUUUUUAUUUAGGUGGAUGCAUAUUGUUGGUUUAUUGCUCUUCAGCUUUAUUCAAUAAACUUAACAUUUUGAGGGUUGUAUUGACAUUUAACUGA